AUGACCCAGUAUUCCGAUGCGACGCUCCCCGGAACUCGGUCCAAGCUUCGAGCAGAGCUCGUCUAUCCAUCAAUCGCUGGCUAUACGCUCAGUACCCAAAUUGGCGGAGGGGGUUUCUCCAAAGUCUUUCUGGCAACGGCGCAAAUCAAGGGGAAAGACCAUCUGGCUGCUUGCAAAGUCGUGGCUAUCUACCAAGCCCCCGACCAAAAACACGGCACUCCACCCAACGUGCCCGAACUACAAAAAGAGGUCAAGGUACACCGAGCGCUACAGCACGACUAUAUCCUCAAAUUCAUGGCGUGCGAAACUUUUGACCUGACCGCAAUAAAAAGGGGGCUCCAUCCGGGAUUGUAUAUCCUUUUGGAGCUGGCUCAAGGUGGCGACCUCUUUGAUAAGAUCGCUCCUGAUGUGGGGGUUCCAGAAGAUCUCGCCAAGUUCUACUUUGCUCAAAUGGUCUCCGGCAUGGCCUUCAUCCACAGCAAGGGAGUUGCCCACCGAGAUAUCAAGCCCGAGAACCUGCUUCUGAAGGCCAAUGGCGAUCUCAAGAUAUCCGACUUUGGGCUCUGUGCGGUCUUCAAGCACAAUGGAAAGACGCGGCUGCUCAGUGGGAGGUGUGGCAGCCUGCCAUACGUAGCGCCGGAGCUCGGGCAGCCAGUCGGCACAGGCUACGCUGCGGAGCCGGUAGAUAUAUGGGGAAUGGGCGUGGUUCUGUACACCCUGCUAGUCGGGAAUACGCCCUGGGAUGAGCCAUCGGAGGACAGUCCAGAGUUCAGAGCUUACAUGACUGGCGAACUGUUACAGUAUGACCCGUGGACAAGGAUAAAGGGCCAGGCAAAAGCGAUAUUGCUGGCUAUGCUCACUAUCGACCCCAAUCACCGGAUAACGAUCGACGGUAUCAACAAGCACCCCUGGUCGAUGACUCCAUCUCAACUAAGAAGAGAGCAGAUGGCCGAGGCUCUCACCCAAGGGCUGAGGCAAACGGGAAUGAUGGCUUAUGCCGAUCCAAUAACUCGGGCUAGUCAGAACUACAAUCACUCCCAAGUCAUGGACGAUGGAGAUGGGUACACCAAAUCAGAAAGCCAGUUCAUGCGUGGGACCGGAAACAUCACCCAAGGGGGUUUAGAGAACAGCAUCACUACCCGAUUCUGGCUGGCUCUGCACGUCCAGCACGCCGCAGAACUGCUAUUCGCCUACCUGAUCGACAUGCUGGGCGCGAGCAAUGUGGAAUGGGCAGAUGAAGAUAUCGGAAUCAUCGUACGCAAAGCAGCAGGGAAUCGCACCGUGUACGGCACAUUCAUCUUCACCUCCAACGAGGCCGUCACGGACGGCGUGGGAACAUUGGUCGUCAUGAAGCGAACAAAAGGUUCCAUAUUGCACUGGAGGGCUUUCUGGUGGGGAAUAGUAAGGGACCCAAAGAUUGAGCAGUACGUCGUCAGGAGUGACUGA